ACCACUUUGUAAAUCGAAUAGGUAAAUUGAAUUGAUCGUCUAACUUUAUUCGAAUGAUCAUGUUUACUAUUCGUAUCGAUAUUCUCUAUUCGCUAUUUUCUCCGAGUGUUAUGUUCACUUUACCAUGGCGAAAGAGAAAAAGGCGAUUAUAACAUUCAAGCCAAGUAGAUUAUUUCCCUUGACUUUCUUCCCAUUGCCUUUCACGAGCGAAGAUACAUUUCGAACUUUACAAUGUCGAAUAUAUUAUUUUCUACGUACGAAACAUCAAAAUAAUAAUUUCCUUUCUUUUUGUAUAUAUUCUUUCUUUUUUUUUUUGUUUCUUUUUCUUUUUUGUAUUAUUUCCGUUCGAUUUUACAUUUUUGUUACUAUUAUAAUUCGAUUAAAGAUAAUCUUUUCUCUGAAAGAUUUUAUCAAAUAUUUUUUUAAAAGUAAAACGUUAUGUAAAUAUAUAACUUUGUUAGAACACGUAUGCUCGCUUUUACAAUGUUUAUAUGUAACCAUGUCAAUGAAUAAAGUAACUUUAUCUUUCUGUAAUAUCAAUUUAUACGACAGACUGGUAAACACAUUAAAAUUUACGAGGUAGCUAACAUUAGGAAUAAAUUACAUUGAAAAACAUCAGUCAACCGAAAGAGUCGGUCGACAAAGAUUUUCAAAGUGACAUGUAAGCCGGUUAACCUAUGCGUGCGUGUUUAAAAUUAAAACUUGCAGUGGCGCGAAAAAACGUUCGUUAUUAAUGUGUUUUGUUCGCAAGUAUAAUAAUAAUAUGAUCUAAUAUUUUAAUAAUCAUAUGUAAUAUUUUUAGAUUGCAAUAAGUAUUGAGAAUUCGUUAGCAUUACUUGUUAUACGUUUGAUGUUUACAAAAAAUUGAAUUCUGUAGGAUAGUAUUUUUUGUAUAAUAUAACCUGGAACUUGUUGUUUCUUGGCACAAAAUAUUUGCAAAUAUGUUUUCACGAAUAAGAAAGUUUCAAGCUAUCUCAUUGCUCUCAGAAAGAUCAUGUCUGCAUAUAUUUACGAAUAAUUACACAGUAAAUUUUUCUACAAUGAAUGAAACGGUCUUACACUCCUUUCAAGAUAUUCCAGGACCAACAUCUUUGCCUUUAAUUGGAACAUUAUAUAAAUACACUCCUUUAAUUGGAGAAUAUUCAUUUGCAAGCCUCUAUGAGAGUGGAGUUAAAAAGUUGAAACAUUAUGGUCCAUUGGUACGAGAAGAAAUAGUGCCAGGAGUACAAAUUGUAUUAGUUUUUCGUCCUGAAGAUAUUGCAAAAAUUUUUAAAGCAGAAACAGGUCUAUAUCCUGAACGUAGAAGUCAUUUAGCUCUUUUUAAAUAUAGAAAGGAUAGAAGUGAUAUAUAUAAUACAGGAGGUCUUUUACCAACAAAUGGACUUGAAUGGUGGAGAUUACGUAAGGAGUUUCAAAAAGUUCUUAACAAAAUGAAUCAUGUUAUUAGUUAUCUGCAAGAUACAGAUCAUGUUGUUAGAGAAUUUGUCCUUGUUUGUACUGAAGAAAAAUUUGAUGAUUUCAUACAACUACUUUCGCGUCUCUUUCUUGAAUUGACAUGUUUUACGGCCUUUGAUGUAAGGAUGAAUAGUUUCUCGAAGGAAGAAAGACAGAAAGAUUCCAGAAGUUCGAGACUCAUUGAUGCAGCAUUUACAACUAAUAGUGCUAUUUUAAAACUAGACAAUGGGCUUAGGCUGUGGCGAUUUUUUGAUACGUUUCUUUAUAAAAAAAUGUGCAAAGCACAAAACUAUAUGGAAAAAAUUGCAAUAGAAAUGGUAACUCAGAAAAUACAAAACAAAACAAUUUCUCAGAAAAACUCCUUUCUUGAUGCAUACUUAAAUAAUCCUGCUUUAGAUAAAAAAGAUAUAAUUGGUAUGGCUUGCGAUAUGCUGCUCGCGGGUGUCGAUACUACGACUUAUACUAUGGCUUUUGUUUUGUAUCACCUUGGAAAGAAUCCUAAGUGCCAAGAAAAAUUAAGAUCCGAAUGUUUAAAGUUAUUACCCGACAGUAAUAAACCCAUAGAAACAAAUAUUUUGCACAAAGCUUAUUAUGCGAAGGCUGUACUAAAAGAAACAUUUAGAUUGAAUCCAGUAUCAAUUGGAAUAGGACGUAUUUUGCAAACUGAUAUUGUUCUUAGUGGUUACCAUGUCCCUAAAGGUACUGUAGUUGUAACGCAGAAUCAAGUCACGUGCCGACGUCCUGAGUAUUUCGAUGAUCCACAUUCAUUCAUACCAGAAAGAUGGUUACGGAAAAAUAUAGAUGCCGAAAGUAAAGAUUUUAAUAUUGUAAAAUCUGUUAAUCCAUAUUUAGUAUUACCCUUUGGUCAUGGACCACGAUCUUGCAUUGCAAGACGUUUUGCCGAACAAAGCAUGCUAAUCAUAUUAAUACGAGUAUGUUAUCAACGAUGUAUUAAAUUAAAUUUAAAAUUUUUAUUUUAUAUUUUAUACUCAAUUAAGAAAACAUAUUUUUUUUUAUUCAGAUGUGUCGAGAGUUGGAAUUUACUUGGUGUGGUGAUAAUCUUGGUUGUAAGUCUUUGUUAAUUAAUAAACCGGAUGGUCCUAUUAAGCUCAAUUUUACAAAGUACAAACAACAAUGUACUCAGUUUUGAGAAUAUUAAUUAAGAUUGUAAAAAACCUAUUUUAUAAUAUUUUUAUUUUUAUAGAAAGAUUGAGUUUUUACAGCAUUAAU